AUCAAAAAGAUUAUUUAUCUGAAAUUCUUGAAAGAUUAGGUUUAGAAGAUUCAAAGAAUCGACUUCUUACGAUGUUUGAUAAAGAUAUGUCAAAAGAAGACAAUAAUAAUCAAAAACAAAAAGGAAAGAAAUUUGAGAUGCCAAAUUUAUCAUUAGAUAUAUCCGAUGCAAGAUUUCAAAUGCUGUGGCAACGUGAAGUUUUGGAUGUAAUUGACAAUAAUGAAUCAGCAUUGGUUUGUUGUCCAACGUCGUCUGGAAAAACGUUCAUUUCUUUUUAUGCUAUGGAAAAAAUUUUGCGUGAUGAUGAUGAAG